AUGGCUAGAAAAGGAAAAGGAAAAGGAAAUAGAGCCGCUCCAGGUCGUAAGGAAAUCGGCGGACCGUCUACAUCCACAUGCCAUGGUCGUCGAGCCAACGGCGGAGGUGGUCAAGCCUCAGUCGGAAACAUGCGAGUCUUAGGCGGAGAAGGUACACCAGCUGUCAAUGGUAUUGAAACCUCACUCAGAUCUGCUCGAGUCUCAGGCAGAGCCGAAGGUGUUAGAUCCGUUGUCGAGGGGACCAGCGGAGUUCAUGGAGCAUCAUCGCACUCCUCUAACCUCUCUUCUCAUGGACCAGCGUCUGUGUCCAGAACACAAAUUCCGUCUCAGUAUCCACCGGCUUCACAACCCCAAGGCGCUCAUCACCUCCCCUUUCCGAUUCCAAACCCUCAACCGCCAGCCGUAGCCUAG